AGGGUUGAAGGAUGGCACUGCGUAGGCUGUUCACUCCAGGUCACUCUCUGAUAAAACUGUUGCCCAAUUCAAGAACAGCAGUAACCUCAGUGGUUCUAGAGAGAUUGGAGAGGAAGAAGAAUGAAGCUCUGCUAGGAGGAGGACAGCACAGGAUUGAUGCUCAACAUAAGAAGGGGAAAUUAACUGCUAGGGAGCGUAUUGAGGUGCUGCUAGACGAGGGUUCGUUUGUAGAAUCAGACCAGCUGGUAGAACACGACUGUACUGACUGGGGGAUGGAGAAUACACACUUCCCUGGAGACGGAGUUGUUACUGGUUCUGGUACCAUCAAUGGCAAGCAGGUAUUUCUAUUCAGUCAAGACUUUACUGUAUUUGGUGGCAGUCUCUCAGCAGCUUACGCUCGCAAGAUAUGUAAAAUAAUGGACCAUGCGGAGAUGGUAGGAGCCCCACUAUUAGGACUGAACGACUCAGGAGGAGCGAGGAUACAGGAGGGUGUUGCUAGUUUGGGUGGUUACGGUGAUAUCUUCUUGAGGAAUGUGCUCUUGUCUGGGGUUGUGCCUCAGAUCUCCCUGAUAAUGGGACCUUGUGCCGGUGGAGCGGUUUACUCGCCAGCAAUAACAGACUUUACUUUCAUGGUUAAAGGAACUUCUCACAUGUUCAUUACGGGACCUGAAGUCGUCAAACAGGUUUUUAGACAAAUGUGUAUUGGGAAUUGUGAUACGGCGAAUGGGAUUGUUACGGUGUAUUAA